UCUAGUUUUUUUUUUAAUUUUUUUGGGUUUCUGUUCUGGGUCUUCCUUUUCCUCCCUUUUUCUGCUAUAGUUUCAGCCCCUCCAAACAGCAAUAAUUUUUCUCGUUAAAGGUAUCCUUGUUGAGGAAUCUUAGAAGAUGUGACUGUGGAAAUAUACUAGCUUUGGAGGAAGAGAGAAAGAGAAAACGAGAAGUGGGUACUGUUGAGACUCUUGUUUGAUGAAAGAUCUUUAUUGGAUUGUCUUCUGGGCUCUUGUUUGUUUGGAGUUGUGGUGGUGGUGAGGUGGUGGUGAGGUGGUUGUGGUGGUAUUCAUGUCUCAUCCAAGGCAGUAUCAAAUGGUGGGCGGUGGUGGUGGUGGUGGUAGUGGUGGUGGUGGUGGUGGUGGUGGCGGCGGCGGCGGUGGUGGCAAUGCCACACAGUUUGGUGACACUACCUAUACCAAGAUCUUUGUGGGGGGAUUGGCUUGGGAGACUCACAGGGAAACCUUGAAACGAUAUUUUGAGCAGUUUGGGGAGAUCCUGGAGGCUGUGGUGAUCACUGAUAAAGUCUCAGGAAAAUCAAAAGGAUAUGGCUUUGUAACAUUCAAGGAUCCAGAUUCAGCAAUGAGAGCUUGCCAAGAUCCCUCCCCUGUCAUUGAUGGAAGGAGAGCCAAUUGCAAUAUUGCCUCUCUUGGUGCCCACAAGACUCGCCCUCCUCCCCAUCAUGGAAUGGAGAGACUCAGACCAGCAUCAGGAUCAAUGGGAAAACCCAGCCACCAUGGCUCCUCAACAAAUUUCCGUCAAUCCAAUCCCCAUUUUUCAUUCCCCCCUUACUCUGUCUAUGGGUACUCUGGUUAUCCACAAGAACUAUAUGCAAUGAACUACUACAAUGCAUAUAGUGGGCAGCAGAUGUCAUCCUACUACUCCUCACCUUCGGGUACGCCUGGAGUUUACUACGGUUACUAUCCAGUCUACACUCAGCAAGGCCAGAGCAGCCAAAUGCAAGGUUUUGGAAUUCAGUACCCACAAACAACACAGUACCCUUACUUGCCUCAGCCGUACCAGGCUGUUGGGAUCUUACCACUUCCAGCUUCAGCUUCUGCUUCAGCUUCAGCUUCCCUGGGAGCCACUGCCACUGGUGCAGCCACAGCAGCAGGGGAAGUGACAAGGACUGCUGCAGCCUCUGAGCAGGGUUCAUAAGGAGGAAACACAACAUACCAAAAAGGAUAGAAAGAAAAAGGAGGAAACAAAGAAAAGGAUAGUGUUUGGUUUUUAUAACCAAAAUUAUGUAUACAUUUGUUCAUUGUUAUUCUCUUGGAACAGGCUGUUAGAAUUUAGAGCUUGCUCCUGUAACCAUACAUUUGUUCAUUGUCAUCCACCUCCACCUCCACCUCCACCUCCACCACCACCCACCACCACCACCACCACCACCAUCAUAAUCAUCAUCGUCAAUCAGCACACCUUUUUUUUCUUACCUAUUUUGGAGAAUACAGUAUAGAAGAGGCAUUCACCCUUUUCAUAGGUGUGGCCUUGAAACAGAUUUUUGAAUCAAAUUCUCGGAAGUACGAGGCUUCCCAUGGCAAACCCAUGUUUGUGUUAGCAGUAGUGACACACCCACAUUGCCAUCAUUUAAUGGGGUUUUCAGUUUUUUUAGUUC